AUGACUCGGGCGCAGCAGACUCUCUCCCUUGCUCUUCUCAUCUCCUCUCUUUACCUUGUCUGUUAUCUCGGCUUGGUCCCCCUACCUGCUAAAGUUCAAGAAGAAUUGAUACCAGUGCUUCCUUUCUGGGCUCUCGUCUCCUUUGGCGCAUUACUUUUAUUCAAGCUCGGCUGGGGUGUUUUCACAUUCAAUGACGUACCGAAUGCGCAUAAGGAAUUGAUGGAGGAGAUCAACUUGGCACGGACGGAGCUGAGGGCAAAGGGCGUGGACGUGGAUUAG